GGGUCACAUUACAGGUCACUGUGCGGGUCAGGGUGCGUGUCAGGUGCGGGUCAGGGUGUGUGUCAUGGUGCGGGUCACGUUGCAGGUCACUGUGCGGGUCAGGGUGCGUGRCACGUGCGGGUCAUGUUGUAGGUCAGGGUGCUUGUCACGGUGCGGGUCAGGGUGCAUGUCACGUGCGGGUCACGGUGCGGGUCACGUGCAUGUCACGUGCGGGUCAAGGUGUAUGUCAAUGUGCGGGUCAAGGUGCGUGUCACGGUGCGGGUCAGGGUGCGUGUCACGGUGCGGGUCAGGGUGUAUGUCAAUGUGCGGGUCAAGGUGCGGAUCAGGGUGCGUGUCACGGUGCGGGUCAGGGUGUAUGUCAAUGUGCGGGUCAGGGUGCGUGUCACGGUGUGGGUCACGUUGCGUGUCAUGUUGUGGGUCAGGGUGCGUGUCACGGUGUGGGUCACGUUGCGUGUCAUGGUGCGGGUCAGGGUGCGUGUCACGGUGCGGGUCAGGGUGUAUGUCAAUGUGCGGGUCAGGGUGCGUCACGGUGCGGGUCACGUUGCGUGUCAUGUUGUGGGUCAGGGUGCGUCACGGUGCGGGUCAGGGUGUAUGUCAAUGUGCGGGUCAGGGUGCGUGUCACGGUGCGGGUCACGGUUAGGCACACUCACCCUGCUGAGUCCAGUUUUAAAGCUCCGUCUCUUCCUGCUGUCCUCCUCAGAGCUGAGCCCUCCUCAGGGACGGACACGUGACGCUCUGUUCCAGAUCGUGUGCAGAGACGGGCGGGUGGUCAGCCUGUGUGCAGACGGUGCAGAUGAUGCUCUGGCGUGGACCUUGGCCCUGCAGGAUGCAAGAAUCAAUACGGUUGGCUUUGCUCAGGAAGUUGUGGCUUCAGCUCCUCCUCCGUACUCAGAACACGUUCACCCACAGGUUUAUUCUCCGGGUCCGUAUGGAGACUACAGUGCUUCACCUGCUCACCCCACUCAGAUAGUUUACUCUGCWGACGGACAGCCUUAUGCUGUGGCUCACCCGUACCCGUACCAGUACCCGUACCAGCACCAGCACCAGUACCAGGGUGGAUAUGUUUCUCCUGGAGUGAACCACGUUGUUAUUCAGGAGCGGCAGCGUGACAGUGGUGGAGACAUGGCUCUGGGGAUGUUGGCUGGAGCAGCUACUGGUCUGGCUCUGGGCUCCUUCUUCUCUGUCUUCUAACGUCACAAGUCCUGACAAGUCACAGCAGGUUUAUUUACAGCAGAUAUAUUUACUGUAGAUAUAUUUACUGUAGAUAUAUUUACUGUAGAUUUAUUAACUGUAGAUAUAUUUACAGUAGAUAUAUUUACUGUAGAUAUAUUUACAGUAGAUAUAUUUACUGUAGAUAUAUUUACACUAGAUAUAUUUACUGUAGAUAUAUUUACAGUAGAUAUAUUUACUGUAGAUAUAUUUACUGUAGAUAUAUUUACAGUAGAUAUAUUUACAGUAGAUAUAUUUACAGUAGAUAUAUUUACAACAGAUAUAUUUACAACAGAUAUAUUUACAGCAGAUAUAUUUACUGUAGAUAUAUUUACAGUAGAUAUAUUUACAGUAGAUAUAUUUACAACAGAUAUAUUUACAGUAGAUAUAUUUACAGUAGAUAUAUUUACAACAGAUAUAUUUACAACAGAUAUAUUUACAGCAGAUAUAUUUACAGCAGAUAUAUUUACAGUAGAUAUAUUUACAGUAGAUAUAUUUACUGUAGAUAUAUUUACAGUAGACAUAUUUACAGCAGAUAUAUUUACUGUAGACAUAUUUACAGUAGACAUUCUGCUGUCGUCUGUCACAGUGUUAUGUAUCAGACUAGGAUCUGUCAGUAAACUGUAUGAAACAGGGCCAACAGCCUGUAAACUCUUUGCUUCUCUGCUCAGUUUCCGUUUUGUUGUUUUAAAUUGAAAAUAACCAGAAUCACAACAUUACUGUUAGUUGUCCUGUAAAUCACAACAUUACUGUUAGUUGUCCUGUAAAUCACAACAUUACUGUUAGUUGUCCUGUAAAUCACAACAUUACUGUUAGUUGUCCUGUAAAUCCUCUGCGUUCGUUUCAGCACGUCUCAUUGGUUUGUAUGAUGCAGGAUUAAGGCCACAAGACAAGAUUGUAUUUAAAAUUACGAGAUUUAAGUUGUAUUAUAAUUUCUUUCCUAUUAUGACUUUAAUCUCUUAAAAGUCUUUUCUCAUACU